AUGUCUGUUCAGCGCUUCCAAGAGCAUCUCGCCGCUCUGUCUCCGUACUUUCAGAUCUCCAAACAACCGCCAGCUCUCGCGUCCGACACUGUUUCUGGAGCCGUGUACCUGUUUCGCCAUGGUAUUCUCGACGUGUCUCACAAUGACUUCAACACCUACGUCCAGCUUUUCCUGCGAAGAAUUGAGGUCCUGCAAGGCGCAGGAAGACCGUUCGCCAAGGGACAGUUGGCGGCCUUACAGACGUAUCGAAGUUGGAUUAGCAAAGCACAUGUGGGCAUGGUCUCUGGCGCAGGUCUGUCACAGAGUGCAAAUAUGGGCAGACACUUUAGACAACGUUAUAGCCAGGUUCUCAAGGAUUUCCAAGUCAAAGAGGGUGAUCUCAAACCGAUUAUGAGAGUAUGGAGUGACAAUGCGACACGAUGUCGGCUGUCUGCUAUAACCUUUGCAGACGCAUUCUCAGGGACCAUCGUGGGAAACGCAAACGACAAUCUUCCCUUGAUCGAUUGCCAAGUCAAUGUCAGUGACUUGUCCGAUACCCCUGGAACUUGCAAGAACCUUGCAUGGCAUGCAGCGCUACAAGUAGAUCAACAGGCUGGCAACCGAGAGAUGCAACAGCUGAUGAAGGUCACGACGCGGGACGCCUUGCAACGACUUCGCUGCGAUUGGUCCAGCUCGCAAGAAUUUGGAGCCGAAGACGUACACGCCAUUGAACUUCUCCAUUGCUAUGAUGUCGUCUCGGGACGCAAAUUACCCUUCGAAACAUGGUUCACACCCGCAGACUGGAUAGGUUUCGAAUAUCUCAGAGACACCAAAUACCAUUACAGUGAAGGUUAUGGCAGCGAUACUUGCGGAAUCGCUGUACCUUAG